GGGACAGGGUGUGCUGUUAAGCAGGAAGUCGACUGACUGAAGUUAAUGUUGUUCAGAGAGCAAACAAAGCGGUGCUGCAGAAAGCUUUCCUCUACAAAGUGUGGAUUAUAUUAGCACUUGAGAUCAUGGCUGAAGAAAACAGUGCGUGUGCAAAAGGCUUCGUCGAUAGCACCAUUCACGUGGACGUCAAGGAUUAUUACAGCAAGGUGCUGAAGAAAACCGCAGACCUGAAGACCAACGCCUGUGUGGCUCCAGCCCAGCCCAUCCCUGCCUUCAUCCGCCAGGCUCUGAAGAAGGUGCACCCCGAAGUCACCGCCAGGUACUAUGGCUGUGGUCUGGUGGUGCCAGAGUGCUUGGAGGGCUGCAGGAUACUCGACCUGGGCAGUGGGAGUGGGAGAGACGUCUACAUGCUGAGUGAGCUGGUGGGCGAGAAGGGCCAUGUCACUGGCAUUGACAUGACUGAGGACCAGCUUGACGUGGCCAGGACGUAUGUGGACUAUCACAUGAAAGAGUUUGGCUACAAGAAGCCCAAUGUGACUUUUGUCCAGGGUUACAUUGAGGCCCUAACAGAAGUGGGCCUGGAAAAGAGCUCCUUUGAUAUCAUUAUCUCCAACUGUGUGGUGAAUCUCUCUCCAGACAAAAAGCGAGUACUGGCUGAAGCCUACAGUGUGCUUAAGGAGGGGGGUGAGCUGUACUUCAGUGACGUCUACAGCAGUGGAAGACUAACAGAGGAAAUUAAAAAUCACAAAGUGCUGUGGGGUGAGUGUCUUGGUGGAGCGCUCUGGUGGAAGGAUCUGCUGCAGUUGGCUGAAGAAGUAGGCUUCAGCCCCCCACGUCUGGUGACAGCCAGCGUCAUCACUGUCGACAACAAAGAGCUGCAGGACGUUCUGGGCGACUUCAAGUUUGUCUCUGCCACAUACCGCCUGUUCAAGAUUCCUAAAGGCAACACCAAGAGCUGUCAGGUCAUAUAUAACGGGAGCAUUACAGGAGUAGAGGACAGCUUCCAGUUUGACAGUCAAUACACAUUCAAGGUGGAUGAAGUGGUGGAGGUUGAUGGAGAAGUGGCGGCCAUCCUGACCCGUUCCAGAUUUACGGAGGACUUCACUUUACAGCCACCUGGAGGCCCCCCUGAGUCCUGUGGAGUCAAACCUAAGGCAGGCAUUGUGGAUCCUUUCCAGCUGGUCCUUCAGCUGGAGAAACAACGCCCAGGUUCAGCCACAGGGGGAUGCUGCAGCACACAGUCUGCCUGCUGCAAAUGAUGGUGGGAAGAGCACUGAGAAAUACAGGCCCAGCAUCAUACCGUGUAUGCAUAAUAACAAUAUAAUGACUAAAUUAUGCCUCAUGCAGUGUCAUUAUGUUGUGUCGUAUUAGCAUUUGAAAUUAGAUUUCAACUAUUUAAAAUGAAUCACUUACACAAAAACAUGUGUCUUAUGGAUGUUCUGUGCAAACUUCGCUUUAAUCUCUCAAACUUGAAAAACAGAAAAGACUGAAAAUAAGAACUUAAUUUAUUAAAAUAUUAAUGUUGCAUGAAUGAAAUUACUUUGGCUUUAUAUUAAGGCACGAUACAGAUGCCUACAAAAUCAAAACGUGUACAUAAUCUUGAACCGUAUUGGUGCCUUCUUAUAAGGCUAUUCUUUUGUAAUUUUGUCAACACUCUUGGACAUCUGAAUUUCUUAUUCAUGCCUUCCUCGGGACUUUCAACCUUUGCCAUGACAAAUGACACUACUUCUGCUGUAAUACCUUUAAUUUCAUUUAUUUGUUUUGGCAGUAUAUUGACAAUACUGUGAGCCUCGCAAACUGUUCUAAUAUCAGCAUUAUUGUGUUAAUUAUGAUGUGUUAUUUCUGUUAUAAGAUAAUAAAUAAUGUCAAUCAA